GCAACAUGUUCUCCUCAAGCCGUGACUCUCUUCAUAGCGUCUCGAUGCAGCGACGCUGCACCACCUCCCUUGUUCAACGAAGCAGCUCAGGACCAACCAACCUGUAGCGAUGAGGCCGAUACUGGCUCUCGCCUUGGCCCUCGACUCCUGUGCGCCGAGCCGCGCCGCCCUCCUCCGUUCCGGCGCUGCAGACGGGGCGAGGCGCGCCAUGACCGGCACCAGCCUGCGCUCGAGACUGGGGUACAUGGUGCAGGCGAUGCUGCGGAGCAAGGGCAUCACCACUCGGCACAUCGCGAAGAGGGUGCACGGCAGGAUGAAGCUGAAGGACGCGCUGCCGCUGCUGGAGGACCAGCUGCCCAAGGAGGUGACGUCCCUGCUGCACCUCUCGAGUCGGGAGCAAGCGGCCGGGGCGUACAGCGAGGCGUCCUUGGCGAAGGGACGCGUAUACUUGAAUAACAUGAUGUACGACGCGUGGCUCCAGCUGGACGCGAUCGAGGUCGAGUGCAAGGAGUUCGAGGAGAGCAAUCGUAUGGUGUUCGGCCAGGUGGUGACAGACUUGGAGCACCUGGGAUCUGACCUCGCUGACAAGGAACGCAUGAAGUCUGAGGCAGAAGGUGGCGUCGCAGACACGGACACUCGGAUCACCGACUUGGAGGGCGCCCUGCACAGCUUGAAACGCAGCUUCCAGUCAACCCGCGAGAAGAACGCGUACGAGCUGUCGCUGCGCCAGGACGACCAGGAUGUCUUCACCGCCAUCCUGCAGCUGUCCAAGUGCCCGAACGCCUACGGUGACGACACGUACUCCCUCGCGCAGUUCCGGAUCUGCGACACGGACAACGGCACGCGGGUGGAGGUGAGCGACGCCUCUCUGGCAGCGAAGCUGAACCAGUCGCCGCGGGCGCUCAGGGUGCUCCGGGAAGUCCUGGAAACCGCCGGCUCCGGGGCGCCCUCGCUGCUGCAGGUCGAGCAGGCGCCCCCGCCGCAGUCGGUCAAGCAGCCGAAGGGCGGCUCGAGGAAGUGCCUCAACGGCAUUGUGAACUGCGGCUACCUCCACGACUUGAUGGCGCUGGAGUGGGGCAAGUUCAAGGACCUGGUGGACGAGCUGACCUACAUCAUGCAGCACAAUCGCGACGCCUACGAGGGCGAGAAGGAGAAUAUGAACGAGCAGAUUUCGACGCUGAGGUCGGAGAAGAUGAAGUUCACGGAGAUGCUGAGUGAGGCCGUCUCCGAGAUCAAUUCGCUCACGGCGGCGACGCGCGAGAAGCAGCAGCAGCACCGCGACGUCGAGCGUGCCUUCAAUUUCAAGAUGGCGGACUGCAAGAAGCGCAUGAGCGAGAUCCUCUACACGAACAUUUGUGGGACCCGAACAGUGCGCAACGCGCUGAUGCGGUACAGCACUGUCUCGCCCACGAGAUCGAUUACGGACUGCGACGUGACAGAUUGGUCCGCGGGGCCGUGCACCACCGACGGGAGGGGCAGCUCAGUACCAGUAGACUGCGACGACAGCUGCCCCGAAGACGUGGGGGGCGUCGACGUGAACACGUGCGGUGGCAUAAAGCAGCUCACCAGGCAGGUCAUCGUCUCCCCAAACUCUUUCGGAAUGGCCUGCCCCCCGCUGUUCUUCGAGCGCAAGAACGGCACCGAGGGCAUGAAGUGCAACCAGUUUCACUGCCCAGUCGAUUGCUCCAUGUCCGAGUGGUCCGGCUGGUCGGGCUGCUCCAAAGAGUGUGGGGGCGGCACCCAGGGGAAGACCCGCUCCAUCCUCGUGAAGCCCAAGAACGGGGGGACGGAGUGCGACACCACGCUCGAGGAGCAGCCGUGCAACACCGGCUCGUGCGACCGCGACUGCACGCUCAUGCCCUGGACCGCGUGGGAGCCCUGCUCGAUGGCCUGCGGCGGCGGCAUCCAGGAGCGCGUGCGCAAGGUGGACAUCCCCAUCCGCGCGAACGGCAGGUGCCCCGGGCCGAAGCACCCCGACCGCUUCCAGAUGCAGGAGUGCAACACGCAGGAGUGCGUCGGCGACGAGAUCUGCAUCGCCAGGCAGGACCUCGUCAUCGCGCUGGACGGCAGCGGCUCCCUGAAGCAGGAGGGCUUCGACAUCGUCCAGAAGUUCGCCCUGAACCUCACCAGCAGGUACCAGAGCACCUACUACGGCGUGGAGGACAUGCGCAUCGGGCUGGUGCUCUUCGGGAACGGCGAGUACUUCGACAACGGCACCGUCGCGGCGGCCCUCGAGGUUGUCCCGAUCACGAGCGACCUGGAGUCUGUCAGCACGGCGAUCGCAGGGUUGCAGUGGCAGCGCGGGUUCACCAACAUGAUUCAGGCCCUCCAGGCUGCCGACAACAUGUUCGCGGACGGCCGAGACGACGCGCAGAGCGCCGUCAUGGUGAUCUCGGACGGCAGGUACACCAACGCGUACCGCACGACCAUGAAGGCGACGGCACUGAAGGACAAGGGCGUGCAGAUUUUUAUGGCUCCCAUCGCCGAGAGCGUGACGCAGGAUCUGCAGGUGCUCAGGGGCUGGGCCAGCGAGCCGUGGGAGACCAAUUACGAGCGCAUCCCGGGCCUCACGGCGCUCAUCAACAACGAGCCCGAGUUUGCCCAGAAGCUGCUGGUGAAGUUCUGCCCCCGCGCGUUCUCGCCAUCGCAGCAAGCGGAGGAGGAGGCGCAGCAGGGCUACCUCAAAAUCCACGAGGAGGGCUACCCCUCCGACAGCUGCGGCGAACGGAAGAGAAUGCGCAGUGCCAGCACCGCCGAGGCUUGCAUGGAGUUGGUGAAGGAGGUAGGCAUCCUGGCCUUCUCGUUCGUGGAAGGAGGCCGUGGGGCAGGAACCUGCUACUCGGCGGCGAUAGACGUCACCGAUGACCUGUGGGCCGAAGCGCUGAACGACCGCGUCAACCUGACGUGCCCCGGGGGUGCUUGGGUCUACAACGAGUACGCGUCCACCUACAUCAUGAACCCGAGCAUGUUCGGAGACCUCUUCGACGAGACCUCCUCUUGAGCCUGCGCGAUGGCUGCAUGCCACGUGGCGGCACCAGGAGUGCUUCCCGCCGCGCUGUCGCUCAGCGAGCUUUUUCAACACUCCUGUGUGUUGGGUCCUCGUUUCGAGUUCGCAGCGCUGCGCCCUACCUCCUCCUCAUCCUCCUCCUCCUCCUUCCCACCUGGAGCAAUAGUGAACCGGGAACUGGCGA